UUAUUGAAAGAAAUCCCAACUGUCACAGCAUGAUAGGUCGUCUAGCUAGUUUUUCCAUGCAUGUAACAAGUCGCCAUUGACGAAGACCUCAAAGAACAACCAGCCAACUCUAUAAAACAUAUCAUUUCAUUCAUUUGGUUUUUCCAUAUACCAAAUACAAGUUUUUCAUAGGUGAUCAUAUCUUGAUUUCAACAAUGAGUGACGACAGCAACACGCAUCGAGCUUCCGCAGGAGUAUGUCCUGCACCACCUACUUCAUGUCCACCAAAGCAGGAGAUGCGUUAUUCAGACUAUAAAAAAAUGUCUUCUCAAGGACCAAUGCAAGGGUACCAUGAAGCGGGUCCUGAUGUGGCAUCACCUCCAGUUAGUGACCCUACGAAAUAUGGUCCUCAACACCUCCCACAGGCACCUCUUCCUCCAGAAAGAACUAGUCAGAGGGAUGAUGACUUUUCCACAGGAUGUUGCUGCUGCCUCUAGGACGCGUGCUUUCAAGGACCACGAGGGAUUCUCAGUAAAAUUUGCAGCUUGUAAUUGUUUCUCUUGUGUUUCUUGUUGCUUGUUGGGAAUCAUAAUUAUUUUCGCUCUUUUUAUGUCACA